AUGUAUCAAAAGGGUAUGGUUCAUUAGAUCUUGUGGAUUUUGUACGCUAUUUUUUGUGAUUGUUCCUAAUUUUGAAACGAAUACUUGUCUUGAGAGUAAUUGUGUUUCUACUCAUAUUUGUUUGGACAAUUUCAUUUCUAUUUGACGAAAUUUAUAUUAUUAUUCAUUUAAAUUAAUUCAUGUUUGAUUAAUUGGAAGAAUAAUUUUAUUUUUAUUAGUAGCAACUGCAUUCUUAGGUUCUUAGGUCUACUGCCAUGAGGUCAGAUAUCAUUUUGAGGAGCAAUAGUAAUUUAUUAUCUGCAUUUCCUUAUAUUGGACAAAUAAUUGUUGAACGAAUUUGAGGAGGAUUUUCAAUUAAUAAUUCUACAUUAAACCGACUCUUUUCUUUACAUUUUAUUUUACCUUUAAUUAUUUUAAUAUUAGUAUUUAUUCAUUUAAUGAUUUUACAUUUAUCAGGAUCUUCAAACCCUAUUCACUCAAAAUUAAAUAUUUAUGAAAUUAUUUUCUGCCCUUAUUUUCUUAUUAAAGAUUUAAUCUUAUUUUAUUAUUUUCUACCCUUAUUUUCUUAUUAA